GAGUCAGUCCGAUUUUGCUUCGAUCGCAAUUAUGUCGUUUGUUUCGGUUGCAGUUUCGAUUUUAUAUACUCCGUUUCUAUUAUUAAUACUGUGUGUUAUCUUCUUAGCAUCAAUUGGAAAAUCAUUGGGUGUUCGAAGACUUUAUGUGAAUAUCUUACUAAAACUUUUCGAGUAUGGAAGGCAGCACAUUGAGGUGGCGAAGAAACUGCAGAGGCUCGACAGUUCUGAUGAAGACGAAGAUCCACCCGUACCUGAUGAUAAGCCGCCGUCAGCGCUGGUCAAAGAAAACGGUCUCAAUGGUACGAAGAUGAGCGUGAUAGAACGCCAGGAGAUCCUCGGACCCUCGCCGGAGCUGAACUACAAGAGAAGCAAGAGUCAGGAGCGGCUGCAGAAUGGGUACAGGAACGAGCAGCUCAACCCUGAGAAUAGUCUCGAAGUUAACCUCUAUCACUGCCUUGACCUGGUUAAAGCUGGCAUGGAGUCCAUCAUCGAAGACCAAGUCACAUCAGUUUUCGAAGCGGAGGAGUUGAGGAGUUGGAACCUGCUCACCAGAACUAAUCGACAAUACGAAUUUCUCACUUGGAGGCUGACAAUUAUCUGGAUGAUGGGUUUCGUAGUGAGAUACUUCUUCUUGUUGCCGCUGAGGAUACUGAUCUUCUUCAUUGGAGUCAUAACGACGGUGCCCAUAAUGUUCCUCGUCGGAAUGUUGCCAAAUGGGAGAGUCCGCCGAUACUUGGGCAGUGUCGUCUAUAAAGUCGCGAACCGAAUGCUGAUACGGAGCGUAUCCUGCGUGGCCUCGUACCACGACACGCAGCACAUGCCGGAGACGAGCAGCUUCUGUGUUGCCAACCACACGAGUAUCAUUGACGUGUGUGUGCUGAGUAACAAGUCUUGUUUCUGUUUGAUCGGUCAGAGACACAAUGGGUUUCUGGGGCUAUUGCAGCGAGCUCUGGCCAGGGCUUCGCCCCACAUCUGGUUCGAGAGGUCCGAGGUCAAAGACAGACAUGCGGUUGCCAGACGCUUAAAAGAACAUAUAAGUGUCCCGGAUAACCCGCCGAUAUUGAUAUUCCCGGAAGGAACCUGCAUCAAUAACACAUCGGUGAUGCAGUUCAAGAAGGGCAGCUUCGAAGUUGGAGGAACCAUAUAUCCAGUAGCUAUCAAAUACGACCCGCGGUUCGGCGACGCGUUCUGGAACAGCUCUCGGCACGGCAUGCUCCACUACCUGCUGAACAUGAUGAGCUCGUGGGCCAUCGUGUGUGACGUGUGGUACCUGCCUGCUAUGACCCGCGCACCGCAUGAGACCGCCGUGGACUUCGCCAACCGGGUCAAGGCAGCCAUCGCGCGCCGCGGCGGACUGGUAGACCUCAUGUGGGAUGGUCAACUCAAACGGAUGAAGGCGAAAAAAGAAUGGAAAGAAUUACAACAGGAGGAGUUCAGCAGGAGAUUGAAGGGUGAAUAAGCUCAGCCGUCGUGCGGAGUCGCAUCAAAAUGUGUUCACCCUAGCAGAGGGUGCGGACUGAAUGGAUAUUUAUUGUAGUGUAUCGAACUUAUAGUGGUUCAAUAGGGAUAACCAAUUUUUCCCUAAUUAGCAGCAAUUUUAAAACCAAAAUCGGUUGUGAAACUCCGAUCGAUUCUCAAGACGCCGGGAAUUUUAUUUUUUAUUGUUUUAUUUACAUAGCUUGGCAGUUGUUUACUAAAAUUGUUCUUAGCGGGUCAUGCGAGCUUUCAGUGUCGAGCCGAUGUUAGACUGGUACGCUUGGUCGUCUGUUGUUGCCUUAAGUGAGCCAUUAAAAAACAAGUGGUAAAAAAGAAGGUUGGUAAAUACACGGCGUUUAUAAUCUUUAUUUAACCCAUUACCGAAAGUUAACGAAUUUGUAAAGAAUUAGGACAGAAUAGAACUGAUUUUAUUCUGACUGUCUGGUAAUUUUUUUUAGUGAAAAUAAGGGACGAGACGACCAGGACUUUCAGCUGAUGGUAAUUAAUACGCCCUGCUCAUUAGAAUGCAGUGCCGCUUAGGUUUCUUGAAGAAACCAAAAAUUGCGCUCGUCACCUUGAGACAUAAGAUGUUAAGUCACAUUUGCCCAGUAAUUUCACGGCGCCUUCAGACCUGCUCAUUACUGCUUCACGGCAGAUAUAUGCGCCAUUGUGGUACCCAUAAUCUAGCCGGCAUCUUGUGCAAAGGAACCUCCCACUGGUAUUUCCUCAGUAAUGUUUUUUUUGUUCAUUAAAGACAUUUGCGAUUUUUACACCAGAAUUAUUCUGAAUAAUUCCUUCCCAGUUCAAAAUAACAUGGCAAUUUUAUUACUAUCGGCCGCGAUAUUGUAUGCCGGACACUAGAAAAAUCAACAUGGAAUUCCAAUAAAAUACAUCCUAGGUUCCGUGGUAAAAAAAAAAAUCAAGGCGACCUUUGCAAUUAUUUAAAUAUUAUGGCAUAUUUAACCGUUCUGGGUCUGACAAAAUAUGUAGGUACUGUUACAUUUUAAGUCAUGAAGUACCUACACUCAAAAAACUGAUUUAUUUUUAUGGUAAAGAAGCAUAUUUUUGAUGAAAUGAUUCAUUUCAUUUAAUACUUAUCAUCAUAUCACUCAUCAAACACAAAAGGCCUUGAACGCAAGGCCGUAAAACAAGUAAUUAAAAAAGUAAUAAUAAUAGGUAAUCUAUGGUUCCAUGUUAACCUUUUUUGUUGUCAUAUUGAAGCUACGCUACUAUCUUGCAAGCAAUUUUGAGUGGCUCAAUCGAGUGUCUUAGUCUACUGUCAGCCUUUUCACUAAACGCUCACCCCCUUAUUCAUAAUGGUCCGCUAACUUAGAACAGUCGCUACGGAGUGUUUUUCUCAUUCUGACUUAGGUCAAUAGAAGAAGACAGAGCGAGAAUUAACAAUGCUUUGGGUUGGCGGACUAUUAUGAAUAAGGGGGUCAAUCUUUAAGAUCGCGUUACUCGCGCCAUUUGCAUGUUCCCAAAUCUAUUACAAAUUAUGCCCAAAAUUCCAUAAUUCAGCGUCUGUCACGAACUUAUAAUAAAACUACUCGCCUAAAAAUAAUUAUGUACUACAGCUGUAUUGCCAACAACAACACAAUGAUUAAACGUACAAAAACCUGGGCUCGUUUUGGAACAAUUACUUUAUUAUAACGUUUGUUUACUUAAUGGUCAAUGAAUAUGUAUCUAAUAUAUAAAAUUCUCAUGUCGCGGUGUUUGUAGUUAAACUCCUUCGAAAUUCUCAUGAAAUUUAGAGUGCAUAUUGGGUAGGUCUGAGAAUCGGACAACAUCUAUUUCAUCCCCCUAAAUGUUAAGGGUGGUCCACGCCAAUUUUUUUUUUUAAUUUAUUUGACAUUUUUUUUAAAAUUUGUUUGAUUAUGAGUCAGCAUUAAAAAAUACAUACAACUUCAAAUUUUCACCCGUCUACGAUCAACAGUUACUUUUGUAUCGCGAUUUUAAUAUCGGCAAUACAACGUUUGCUGGGUCAGCUAGCAUAACGAUAUAUUUAACAAGGGGCAAACGAGCAAGAGACUUGUGAUGGGCAUUGUUGAGGCAAUGUUUUAUUCAAAUCGUUUUAUCCAGUCCUGAGGUAUUGUUAUUUAUGAUUUGGAUAUCUAUAAAAAAUUCUAGUUUCAAUUUAUUAGUCGUGGAUAUGUAUAGAAUAGUUUAAUAUCUCAGCUUUUUAGUUGAGCCUACAUACUCUUUGGCCUAGGUAUUUGAAAUUUAUAACAUUUCAGCCUAAUAAUAUUACUACAGGAUGUUGACAAGAAAAUUGAUUUAUUGACACUGUCACUAAUGUCGUACAUGUUUUAUUUUACUAGAAUUUUUUUCUCCUGCCAAUUUCACGGUCAUCUGGAGAGCAAACCCAAUUUGGCUUCGAAGAAACUGGGCGUCAUAAAUAGAGCACGGCAAUACUUCAAGCCGGCCCACAUUCUAGCGCUGUACAAAGCGCAGGUCCGGCCACACAUGGAGUAUUGCUGUCAUCUCUGGUCUGGCGCACCCCAGUAUCAGCUUGACUUAUUUGACCGCGUGCAACGCAAAGCAGCUGGAAUUGUCGGGGACCCAGUGCUCUGUGAACGGCUGGAUCACUUGGCGUUGCGUAGAGACAUCGCUUCAUUGUGUCUUCUACCGCAUUUAUCAUGGGGAGUGUUCCGAAGAGCUGUGUCACCUGAUUCCUGCCGCCGAAUUCCAUCUUCGACACUCCACAAGUUAGGAUAUCAUCUCCACAAUCUAGAUGUGUGGCGGUCCUUCACAGUGCGGUUUUCAAAGAGAUACGAUUUCCGGGGCGAUACGACAUGGGUACCUUCAAAAAAAGCGCGUACACCAUCCUUCAAGGCCGGCAACGCUCCUGUGGUGACCCGUAUGCUCGUUUGUCCUCCUUUUCCAUUAAAAAAAAGACAACUGCUGAUCUAUUGGAAUCCUGAGUUCUUUUAAGACAGCAAGGAAUCCUGAGCAAGCGGCGUCAAAACUAUAUUACGAAGGCAUCAUUUCUGUGCCGGUCCCCUGCUUUCAAUGUCCGUGUCACUGCACCAUAGUGGAAUGUGGAAAAUACGAGAGUACGGACUAGGUGUAGUUUUGUCCGAUUAGUAAUGUUCCUGUCUUGGUUUUAUUAUAUUUUUGAAGUUAUACUUCUUUAGGCGCGUUAUGAAAAUAUAAUGAACGUGAAAUUUUAAGAUGGGCGCGCAUCACUGUAACACAAAAGUGAAGGAAAGAAAGGGUGAAGUUGGUUCUAAAAUUUUCUGACGUUUGCAACACUCGUUUUUUUUGGUUUCUUCGUCCAUUAUUAUGAUAGGCAAAAGGUUCAAGUUCGUACAGCCGUAUUAGUUAUUUAAUAAUUAAUUGUCAAAGCCAUCGUUGCAAGAUUUUUACAAUUUUGUUCUUUUUGAAAAAAUCAAUAAUUUUAAGGUUUGCUUUGUUAGGCCAGAGAAGUAUAACUUCUUGCGUGCAUACAUAAGUACACACUUUUUAUUAUAAUUAAAUGAGUUAUGGAUUAUAAAUGUGUAAAAAAAAAAUAUUUUUACAAGUAAAGAGGUGUCAAAUGUAUGUAAAUCAUUUUCGUUGCAUCGUAACGUUGACAGAUAGUGUCAAGCAACUCACUAUAGAACAAUUUAGGGUUGGUUUACUUGUGUAUUAGUGUAAUAUUAUUUAAAUCUUAGAGUAUUAAAUUUACUGGAGACGGCCUAUCAGUUCAGCAGAAGGUGGGUUCAACCAGGUUAUUUCCUAACUGGUUGGUUGCCCAUUCGAAAUGGAACUAGAACAAAAUAACCUACUGAUAAACUAGAAUUACAUGAUUUAAUAAUUAAAUCUGGCAACCCUGCGCUAUACACACACAGAUAGGGUUUUGUUGUUGUUUGAAUGAUUAUUUAUUUGUGCGCUUGUCAAAUUUGUGUGUUGUUAGUUGUAAAAUAACAUCGAGGUCGGUAAUUGACCCGGGUAUGAGAGUUGGUGCUAUAGGAAGAGCGCCAUGAGACAUUCAACAUAUUAUAGAAAUUUUCAAGAGUUUUGGGCGCAGCCGAUAGCAUCACUUUCGAUUGUUGAUGUAAUGUUAUUCAGAUCUUGUCAUCUUAAUAUAUAUAAAUCACGUGACACGUUGUUUGUCCGCCAUGGACUCCUAAACUAAUGAACGGAUUUUAAUGGUGAUUACUUCAUGGAGUGCAGUUUGGUCCAACUUGAGAGAUAGGAUAGUUUUUUUUUUUCGAUUUAGGACCCAUAAUUAUUUUUAUUUUCAAUAUUUGUUUUGUAUGGAUAUAAUUUAUGUGAGAGAUUUAGUGACGCACGGUUUGAUAGUUCCGUUGUGAAACAGUUUCAUUAUAACAACAGGGAUCAUUUUUUACGAAAUAAUUCUUGAUGUUUUGAAAUAUUUUUGGCAAAUUCCUAUAAAACAGUAUUUUUUUUUAUAAUCUACAGAACAACGUCUGUCGGGGCAGCUAGUUGAUAUAUAUAUCAUUAAAUAUAUCGUUGUCUUGCAACCCAUAACACAGGCUAUAUAUGCCUUUUUCAGGGCAAGAUAAUUUGUAUAAAAGGUGUGUCAAUAUUAUAUUACAUACAUAUAAUGCGUUUAACAUAAACAGGCGAUCUGCUAGUUUCAUCGCAUUAAUACAUAUAAUAGAAAGAAAGAAAUUGUUUAUUUGUUACGUAUAUAUAGUACACUUGAAUACAAAAGGCAUAAAUAUUAUAAGAGACAAACAAUAAAUAAAUAAAAAAUUGCGUGCGUACAAAGUACACAUGUCAUAAGUGAACACUGCAUUUUGCAUAAACCUCUAAAUUGCAUAUGAAGUCCUGGUACAUGUUGCUAGGAUGACACAUGAUUUCAACCGCUAUGAAAGACAUUACUAUCACCGCUACCAUAUUUAUGUUUUCGCACAUUUAGGUAUACUCGUGUCAUACAAAUGACAAUCUCUUCUUCAAAUAUGAUCGCCUGGUACUAAAACACUGUAAUGCUUCCAAUCUUAUUUUCUCAACGUUAAAUCUUAUGAAUUUGUUUAGUCUGUCCCUUUUUAUUGUCGCGCUUUUUCGUUUCAUCGACUUUCAAAUCACAACGAUGCUAAAGAAGGUUUCACUUCAAAAUAUGAGCGAGUGUCGCGAAAUACUCAUUUUGAUUGAAGUUUCUUUCGUAGUAUAUAAAUAUAUUAUUGAUAAACGAAUUAUAUUAUUGAUUCACGAAUACAAAUAAAUUAAUUUCCAGCGUCUGAGAGAAAUUAAAAAAGCAGUUGUGUGGUUUUAUGAAACCACAUAAAAUAACAUAUUAAUAUCAGCAGAAUAACCGAAAUUAAAAUAAAUUUAUAUAAUUGCUUAUUAACCAUUAAUUUUAUAAUAAAAAACCUUUGUUAGGUGUAGGGUUCCAAACCACGCGCCCUCUCGGGAACCAGAGCAUAAAUCUGGCGCCUUAGACUUCUCGGUCAACAUGACUUACUAGCAGUAGUUGAAAUUAAUGAUUUAACUUUACCCCUCGCGAACGGUUGAGACGGGGUUUUGACGGAAAAUAUGUUACACAUUCUUUCAACUAGCACUCAUGCGAUAAGGGGUUUCGUUCCAAAAACUGUGGAAUAUUAUUUCUACACGUUUCAAAGUGUUUCGAAUUGUUCCAUAAAAUUUCACUAACAUGGCGGCCAUUUUGAAAUACCGUCUUUUUUUCAUAGCGACAGUAUUAAUAUACGCUCUGUGAAAAUUUAAGGCUGUCCUACUAUUGCUACUAGGUAUAUGACAGACAGACGUAUGGACAUUGGAGUCUUAGUAGUAGUGUUGCCGAUGGUUACGCUUUCAGUGCUGAACCCUUAAAAUGUCUUCUCCGUUUGGUUUUUACUCUAAGGUUGAUUAUGAUAAACAGUAUAUUAUUGCUCAAAACUAGUUUGAACGGCAUUCUGGCAGCUUGUGAUUAUAACAUAGCUUUGAUAAUAGAAAGUUUAUUGAAGUAGGCGUUAUUUUGCGGAAAUCCAUAAUCAUCCAUAUGUUGUGAGUUUUCUUGAGUGGUAAUUCCGCAAAUAUUCGUCUUCAAACAAUUCGACACGUGCCAGAGAUGGGCGAGUCAACAUCUCCUGAGGAUGGCUCGUGUAGAGGCGAAACACGUGUUGUUAGAGGACGAAUAUUGGCUGAAUUAACACUCAAAACAUUUGGAUUUGAUUAUAGAGCUGUUAAUAUUUGUAUAUCGUGUAAAGUUAGGUUGAAACUUGUCGAAUUGUACAGCGAAAUAUUCGGGUCUGAAUUAAGAAACCUUAGAAAAUUAAUACGUGUAUAUAGCCUCUUGCUGUUAGACAACUAAUAAAAGUAGACCAAGUUUAAUGCUUUAGUGUGCGUGACAAUCUAAGUCUUACAUUCGCGAUUUGUGUUUGUGUGCGUGCAUUGCUCAAAACUGUCAGUCUCACAUGUGACUGUCAAUCGUUUUCACAGCUGUCACACUCUAUCUAGACGUAUAAAUGAUCUAAGAUCGCAAUCUAUCGGUCGUCUAUACUGUGGUAUUAGGUAGAAGGCAUUCAAUACGUUAUAUCUUAAAAGAUUAAAUAACAUUGAUCAUCAUGGUUACCGAGCGAUGGGACAGUUGUUAAAAGUGUAGCGCCAUCUGUUGAUAAAAUUGAUAGGUGGUUAGUUAAAAUUAUUGAAUGCUAAAUUAAAUGCUAUAAAAUUAUACACUAUUUUGAAGCCUUUUAGAUCCAUGAAAGGAAAAUGUCAGAUUUAUUGUUACCAAAGCAAUAAUCGCAAUAACUAUUGCAUAAUUAAUUGAAAAAAAGUUCAUAUUCAUUAUAACACAUAAUAUUUAAAUAAGAUUUUAUUAUAAAAGUGCGCCAAGUGGGAUUGGUAUUCGCAAACGAGGGUAGCCGUUUUCGGCCGUAUUUUCACCCUUCGAGGAAACCUAUAAACUUUGGUCCGGGAGUAAAAAAAUAAUUUAAUUAUUACAAAAAUGGGGAUUUCCAAAAUAUAUUACUGGGCAAUUUGAUAAAUUUUUAACGAUUAAGACAUUUUUUCAAUUGUUUUUUUUCUGACGGAAGUUAGCGAUAAUUUCCUUCAGAAUAAAUAUUGAGUUACCCUCAAUUCGCGCCUUAAUAAUUUUACUUCUAAAACAAACCCCUUUUUUUAUAAAAUUAUUUAUAAGUUUUAAAAUUUUUCGAGCAGAACUGCAUUAGACCUUAUUCCAAAUCCAAAGAACAAUACUAAACGAAUAUGUUGAUCAUAAUAAGUACUUGUUGACUAGACUAGACUACUAGUCUAGUCAACACGCUCUUAAAAACUUUAUUUCGGUCGGGUAACAAAAAUAAUCUUGGUCUUAAACCUUAGCAGUUCCUCCGAUGUGUAUACAUUAUAAGAUUUUACGCUACUACGACGGGGUUAAUGACCGAAAAUCAUUUUGAAUUGAAUAAAAUCUGUAGUAAGUACUAUCACAAUGAUAUUAAUUUAAUAUAUUUAUACCGGAACGCAUCACUAUCUAUCACAAUGGGGGGAGAUAUAUUUUAUUUUAUGGUCAUGCACUGUCGUAAACAUUUAAGUAAUCCCAUGCACCAAGAACAUUUAAAAACAUACAUAAUAAAUAUAGUUAAAUAGAGAGAGAUACCUUCGUAAUAUUCUUAAACAUUUCUCGUAUUAUUUAUAAAAAAAAGUGAUGCCAAAUGAAUGAAUUUUAUUUGAGUACGAAUUUCAAGAGUAAGCAAAGCACUUAUAAAGAGGGUAGAUUGAUAAGUUUGUAAGGAUUUAACAAUAUCUUCUACAAGUCUGUCAACGCGUGUGGCACAAAGAAAAGGUAACGAUCACGACUGAUAUCUCGGAAGUAAUAGACCAAGUAUAGUAACUAGACAUCGGCUUGGCGUGGCCAUCCUGAGACAGAUAAUAUCCUACAUAUAGGUACAAAAUAUAACACAAGUGUUCUUUCACUAUCACAUUUUUAUCGUAAAACACAUAAUCGCACCAUAUUUCCUUCGAUUCUACUUAAAAAUUGUCACUGAUGUUGAAUAAAUAGUGGAUAUUUCACACGUUUCACAACAAUAUUAGCAAUUUUUCUAGACGCAAAUAAAAGUAAACAAAAUAUCUGUGCAGCGCUGUCAAGUUUGUUUAGCACACCGGGUGUGCCUUGAAAAAACCGGCACGCAUGGCGAAACAAGAUCUAAUCACUCUAUCUCGUUUCUUUACAUAAGACUCGCAUAAGUUAUUAUUUUUCUCGUGUGAGUGAGACGGAUGCUGUUAUUCUAGUUACUAUACUUGGUCUAAGUCGGAAGUGGACUGUUUAAAUAUAGUGAAAAUGAUUGAAAGCAGCUAAAAACAGUAUUAAUAUAUACGGUUAUUUGUAUUUAAAACAUUUUUAUUUAUUAUAAAAAAAUAAACUUUAUGGUUUUGAACUGACCGGAGUAAUCACAUGGUAAUAGUAGCUUUUCAUGUCAUGAAUCGGAUGGAAUUUCGGUCAUUGAACUAUAUCCGCUCUCAGGACAUGUUGUAAUAGACAAUAGGCGCUACGGUUCGUUUUACUCUGUGUUACUAAUAAACGUGAAUUAAAUUUAUUCCAAAUUUAAAACUUUUUGUCUUUAUCUUAUUUUUGUCACUACAUAAUUACAUGACAGGGAGAAGUAAUUUUAAACUUGGAGUAACUUUACACAGCGUUUAUUAAUAAGAUGUUCUCGAGUAAUAUAUCUUGACUAGUCCUUCACAUUCGGAUUGACCUAUUAGCGUUUUUAGUUAAGUUGUUUUGUAAGUGAUAUUUAUUUGUAACUGUGUAUUUUGUAUUAUAAUUUUGUACUCGAGUAAAUGAUGUAUGUUU